AUGUUUGUGCGCACCAGCAGUAGCAGCUGCUGGAGGAAGACCCUCGACGAGUUGUUUCUCUCAAGCCCACUGCUGAGAGGACACUGGAACAUGCAUCUGCUGCGGAUAUUGCGUGCUUUUUUCCUACUAUGCUUGUUCGAAUCAGCUGCAGCAGAACCGCCGACUGCUGACAACCCCAACAGCGUCAUUCAGAUAGACUUCUCCCGGCGGCUAGCUGAUGUAGAUAUCCCAGAGUGCGCUCGUAACCAGAUUGUAUAUACAACAAUGGCAGACUAUGAAAUUGCAUCUUUACUGCCACAGCGGUCUUCAUCAGGUCUUUACAUGCUAGAUAGGCUGGAACAUUUCCUAUCGGAGACUCCAGAAGCAGACCCCGACAAAGUGCCACUGUCCGGGGAUUCAUCUCAAGAUGCAACCAAAACAAAAUGUGAAAUGCCAACUCUGCUUUCUCAUGAGCUACACGUCGGCAGCCCGGAGCUUCAGAGCUACCUGCGCGCUGCGCGAUUGCGUUGGCUAUUGGACAGAUGUUUUCGUUUUUCGGAUGUCGGCGUUGACGACUGGCGCUAUGAGCUGUGUAUCGGGCGGAAGGUGACCCUAUUCAAAAGCAGCGCGCUUACUGGGAAAACAGUUGGGAAAAAUCUUUUUGAGCUAGGCACAUAUGCUUCUUCAAUGGAUCAGCUGUGGGCGGAUGGCACAAUGACGCAGUGGUACACUGGGGGCACGGAGGGCCGGCAAACGGAAGUCCGAUUUGUGUGCGGCGACACGCAUCCGCGAGUGAAGGGAAUAUCGGGUCCACAGAAUGGAAAGUAUCGCGUGUGGUUGGAGGCCCCCAUGUUCUGUGACUACCGCGAGAAUGCGCGUGAACCUGCCUUAACUGAAUCCCUGAUUCGGAGCCUUGAGGGUUGGUGCUCAACUUUCACCACCGACGGCUGGUGGUCAUACGAAUAUUGCCAUCCAGACAGUUUAGUGGAGUAUCACAAGGAGCCAGACGGUGAAGUCAAAGGUCCAUUGCAUCUUUUGGGAACAUUGCAUGCUUCUGGGGAUGCAGCGGAGCUGAUUUUUAAACGACCAGAUCCGGCAAACCCAACGUUGCGGGGCACGGAUACUCUACCUCCUAGGGCGAAUGGAGCUCCUCGAUUUAAGUUCUUGCCUGUGGAGAUCAUUGACAAACCAAAGCAAUUCUCAAAGAGCCCAACACCAGCGUCUAGCAAAGUCUUGGCGCUCCAGCUUACAAAUGGGACCGUUUGUGAAGGUACAGACAAGCAACGCAGCGCUAGAGUUCUCUUUGAGUGUCCGGUUGAUUUUCCAGUGUUGGCGACGCACCGCAUUGUGCAGAUUGAAGAGACAUCGUUUUGCACGUACGACCUUCUCAUUCACACGCCGCUUGUCUGCCCCCAUCCCAAACUGCUGCCCCCAAGGCCUCUCGAUGCUCAGGCAGUCUUGGGAUAUCCAGUGAGGAGAACCUUUACCUACACGAUAACGCCUGCUAGCUGGAAGAGCCUGGGUGCUGUUGAUAACGCUGAAGAGACUAUGGGACAGAACCCGACAAAAGAAGCAACUACCAAGCAGCCCGUCGAAGCUCACCUGGAGGCUUUGCCCAAAGAAGCUGUAGAAAUGCUCGCGGAGGGGCGCAAUCUAGACUCGUUUGGCUUGGCGAAGUAUAUACGCAAACGGGUGUCAGUGGAAGAACCGAAGUUCAAAGUUGGCGAAAUUGUAAGACACCGCUGGUGGCAGUACACUGCGGUUGUGGUCUCCUGGGACGCUUCUUGCAUGGCAAAUAAUGACUGGUCCAGCAAGGCAGGGCUGGAGGCUGUCUCAAAGGACAUUUCCGAAGUAGGUCAGCGUCUGCCAGUGCAGUGCGGCCCAUAUGAGGAGCUGCGGAGGCGGCACCGGAUUGAAGACGAGGCCUUCCACUUCUGA